GGAAUUUGCCGGAAGGAAAGUCGGAUUGUGUCAAAUUUAGCAGAGCUGGAAGAGAAAGCUUGUUUUGUAUUGAUCUUCGCGGGAUUCUGUAUAAAUUUAAAGGGUUAUACCCUUACAGAGACAGAGCUUGGAGACCCUCUGACAGCAAAUAGCAGGAAGAAAACAAUGCCACUGAUGAGGAGCACAUACCAUGAGGCUUGAGCUGAGGACAUCCAAUGAAACAGUGCAUUUAUCAGUGACAUACAGCUGUCAUGGAAACCAAGGCAAAUGGUUCGAUGGACACCAAAAGUUCGGUGGAGAAUGGGCAGCUCCCAGACCCGGCCCACUGGGCAGUAGCGGAUGUCGUAAAUUAUUUUAAAGCUACUGGAUUUGAGGAGCAGGCCAACGCUUUCCAAGAUCAGGAAAUUGAUGGCAAAUCUCUUUUAUUAAUGACUCGUAAUGACGUUCUGACUGGACUCUCUAUAAAACUGGGCCCUGCACUGAAGAUUUACGAAUACCACGUGAAGCCCCUUCAGACCCAGCACUUGAAAAGCAAUGCCUCAUAGCACUCGGGACAGGCCAGCCCCCUCUGAAGACAAUCAUGCCAUGGAACAGCAGGGUAGUAACUGCAGACUGAAACAUGCCAACGUCCUGCCUGCGUUUUUAAUGCACCUUUGCAGACAGGCAGACAGACAAACAGACAAACAAAUUUAAUGUGAAUUUGUCUUUCUCAGUCUGAGUUUGUUGUACAGGUACAUGUUACGUUUGUCACGUUGAUUUAAUGAAUCUGAACGGUGUUAUGUUUUGCAGAUUUGUUUAAGAAAGAUAUAUUACACCCUUUGUGAACUUGUA